UCAGAUACGAGGAAGAGAGUAGUACUUGACUGGGCGACUCGCUUUAAUAUUAUUCAUGGUGUUGCUAGAGGGCUUCUCUAUCUCCAUUAUGAUUCGUAUGUGAAGGUGAUACAUAGGGAUCUGAAAGUCAGCAACAUUCUCUUGGAUGAAAAAAUGAAUCCAAAAAUUUCAGAUUUUGGAUUAGCACGAAUAGUUGAAGGAACACAAAAUCUAGAAAAUACUCAGAAAGUUGUUGGAACACGUGGCUAUAUGUCUCCAGAGUAUGCCAUGGGGGGGAUAUUUUCUGAAAAAUCCGAUGUCUACAGCUUCGGAGUCUUGGUCUUGGAGAUUAUUAGCAGUAAGAAGAAUACCAGAUUCUGUUUAUAUGACCAACAGCUAGGCUUUCUAACUUAUGCAUGGAACUUGUGGAAUGAAGGUAGAGGGUUGGAGUUGGUAGAUGCAAUUUUGGGCGAUUCAUAUUCCUCAACGGAAGUACUAAAAUGCAUGCAUAUCGGGCUUCUGUGUGUACAAGACAAUGCUGUGGAUAGGCCAACUAUGGCAGAUAUAGCUUUGAUGUUAAGUAGUGAGAAAGAUGGUCCACAACCCAAGCUGCCUCUAUUCACUAUCCAAAUUUCAGCUUUUCAUCAUCAACCACAUUCUGAGAAUACUAAUUCCUCCAAAAAAGAAGCUACCAUUACAAUGAUUGAAGGACGAUAA